UCUAUCCAACUCUAUAAAAAAAAAUAUAAGUGACUUCCUUAUGAAUGUUAUCCUUUUCUCUGUGAUUCAACGGUUGAAUAUCCGUCUUCAUAUCAGAAAGUUACGAAGAUUCGUGAUCUAUUCAGGCUGGGUUCAAUCCCUUGAUCUAUUCAGUUUCUUUUCUUAUUUAACCGAAGCAACGGGUGUCAGUGGAAUAUAAAGUUAGCGAACAAACAAGUCUUUUAGCUUUUGGAGUCUGCAGUGUCUUGGAAGACAACCUCCAGCAAAAAUGGCAACUCCUUGGCAAUGUCUCUGCCUUAUCCUCAUAUUGAUUAUCUCAAUUUUAUGUCAAGCAUCGUCUAUUCAAUUGCCUUCAAAAAAUGGUGCUCGAUAUCUCAGCAUUUUCUGGAGCUCAAACAGAACACUUUCAGUGAGCCCAAAGUACAAUUAUGAGACCAAAUAUUUCCAGCAGAAGCUUGAUCACUUUAGCUUCACUCAUCUGCCUUCGUUUCGACAACGUUAUCUAAUCAAUACCCAAUACUGGCUGGGUCCUUCUCGUUUGGGCCCUAUUUUCCUCUACUGUGGAAACGAAGGUGAUAUCGAAUGGUUCGCUGCUAAUACGGGUUUUCUUUGGGAAAUUGCCCCUCGUUUCGGCGCCAUGGUUAUCUUCCCUGAGCAUCGAUAUUAUGGAGAGUCGAUGCCAUAUGGAAGUAAGGAAGAAGCAUAUAAGAACGCAACGACUUUGUCGUAUCUUACAGCUGAACAAGCACUAGCUGAUUAUGCCGUGUUAAUCAUUGAACUUAAAAGAAAUUUAUCUGCACAGGCAUGCCCUGUUGUGUUAUUUGGUGGAUCAUAUGGUGGAAUGCUUGCAGCGUGGAUGAGGCUCAAAUAUCCCCAUAUUUCCAUUGGUGCACUUGCUUCUUCUGCGCCAGUUCUUCAGUUUGAAGAUCUUGUGCCUCCUGAAACCUUUUAUAACAUUGUCUCCAAUGAUUUUAGGCGUGAGAGUAUGAGUUGCUUUCGUUCAAUCAAAGAGUCUUGGGAUGUGAUUAACAAGGUGGGACAGAUAAAUGGUGGACUUGCGCAACUAACAAAGACUUUCCACAUCUGUAGGGAACUGGAGAGUGCUGACAGCCUGACUAACUGGUUAGAAUCUGCCUAUAGUUACUUGGCAAUGGCCAACUACCCCUAUCCUACAGACUUCUUGAUGCCUUUACCCGGAAACCCCAUAAAAGAGGUAUGUAGGAAGAUUGAUAGUUUGCCUGAUGGUGCUAGUGUGCUGCAGCGUAUAUUUGAAGGAGUUAGUGUCUAUUAUAACUACACCGGAAAAGUUAACUGUUUCAAUCUGGACGACGAUCCUCAUGGUAUGAGUGGUUGGAAUUGGCAGGCAUGCACUGAGAUGAUUAUGCCUAUGGCAAGUAACAGGACAACUAGUAUGUUUCCAGAGUUCUAUUAUGACCCAAAGUCAAAUGAGGAGCAGUGCUUGAAAGAUUAUCAUGUCAAACCGAGGCCGACAUGGAUAACAACUGAAUUUGGUGGACAUGCAUUCAAGAGUGCGCUAAAAGCUUUCGGGAGUAACAUCAUAUUCUCAAACGGCCUGUUAGAUCCAUGGAGUGGUGGCAGUGUCUUGAAGGAUGUGUCAGAUACUAUUGUUGCUCUAAUAACUGAGAAAGCUAGUGAGCAGGCAGCAAUUUAGGCUCUUGGGUCUUCUUAUUGAAACUCAACUUGAUGAAGUUGCACAUUUAGCUACUGGUACUCUUAACUUCUCCACUAGGAAAUGCUACGUUACCGAUGGGAACACAUAAUCUCAACUAUCUUUGUGAUGAAAGUUUUGAUAAUGUCAGGGGUUCAUUAAAGUUUAUGUGAGCAAGUAAAGAAAGCCGCUAUUAGAGGGCACUCCAAUUUCUGGAGGAUAUUAUUUGUCUUGAGAGAUGGAACUCCAUUCCGAAGUCCCUCUUGGCUUUUGAUUUUAUUUAUCCACCAAUUAUAUCUGUCAUUUGUAUUUCUACUCUCUGUUUUACCUUAUAUUUGUUUACAUGGACUUAAGAUGAUACCACAGAAAACAUUUGUUAGUUGAUGAGUCAUUGAUUGAACAGAAGAUCAUGAUCAACUUUCUGUUGAUAAAAAAAGCUCAUUAUCAACUUUCUGUCCCUAAGUCUUUUUUUCUAGUGUAUGCUGGUGUUUGAGAAAAUA